GGGUUUGGAACGAAGUGCGGACUGCCUGUAGCACAGAAGGCGGGAGGGAGGAAAGGAGGAGGGCUGUAGGGAGCUGAGGCCCCACCUAUCAUUCCAGCAAAGUGCCGCGCGGAGCAGGGGUGAGUCAGAGGCACUGGCGCUCAGCCUCCCAGUAGGUGAGGGGCUGGCUCUUCUCUCCGGGGAGCAGCGCAGUUCUGUUCUUACCGGAGUGGCCUUGGCAGGCUGCUGGAGCCUCGGUCUGCCCGGUCUGGUCUCCGCGGCCAGGGCUGGGUUCCCUCAUGUAUGGCAAGAACCCUUCGCGUGCUGGGCUGCUUCUCCUUGGCAUACAGCUCACAGCUUUUUGGCCGAUAGCAGCGGUGGAAAUUUACACCUCCCAAGUGCUAGAGGCUGUCAACGGGACAGAUGUUCGGUUAAAGUGCACUUUCUCCAGCUUUGCCCCCGUGGGUGAUGCUCUGACGGUGACCUGGAACUUCCGGCCUCGAGAUGGGGGGCCUGAGCAGUUUGUAUUCUACUACCACGUGGAUCCCUUCAAACCCAUGAGCGGGCGUUUCAAGGAUCGGGUGGUCUGGGAUGGGAACCCUGAGCGGUAUGACGUCUCCAUCAUCCUGUGGAAGCUGCAGUUUGACGACAAUGGGACAUACACCUGCCAGGUGAAGAACCCACCUGACGUUGAUGGACUGAUAGGGGAGAUUCGGCUCAGCGUCGUGCACACUGUCCGCUUCUCUGAGAUCUAUUUCCUGGCCCUGGCCAUUGGCUCUGCCUGUGUACUGAUGGUCAUAAUCGUAAUCGUGGUGGUCCUCGUCCAGCAUUUCCGGAAGAAACGAUGGGCUGAGAGAGCUCAUAAAGUGAUGGAGAUAAAACCAAAAGAAGAGGAAAGGCUCAAUCAAGAAAAAAAGGUCUCCAUUUAUUUAGAAGACACAGACUAACAUUCUUAGAGGGAACCCGAAGAUCCCAAGAACAAGAACCCUAGGAUAAGUUGAAGUUAAUGGAAGAUUUCUUUGGCUUUUCUAGUUGUGACCUGGCUUCCAACCAGCUCUGCUGUACAUAACCACCUCGAGGAGCAACAUCUCUCUGGAGCUGGCAUAGGGCCCUUUUGAGCAGAUAUCAAACUCACACACAAACUGUUACUAAGGUUUUAUUUAAUUUCAAAGUGCAAAUAUUUUUCAAAAGCUCAUUGUUAGCCUUUUGUACUAAGAAGCUAUAUUUUUGCCCUUAGACACUCCUUGUGGAUGAUUAAUUGUACAUACAUACAUUGGUAUCAAAUGAGAUGAAAGCCAAUGUGUCUGUCACGACAUUUCCUUUAACAUGUUAGUUUCUUUAGAGUAGUACUUUUUUUUUAAAAAGAUUUUUAUUUAUUCAUUUGAUAGACAGAGAGAGAUCACAAGUAGGCAGAGAGGCAAGCAGAGAGAGAGGGGGAAGCAGGCUCCCCGCUGAGCAGAGAGCCAGAUGUGGAGCUCGAUCCCAGGACCCUGAGAUCAUGACCUGAGCUGAAGGCAGAGGCUUAAGCCACUGAGCCACCCAGGCACCCCUAGAGUAGUACUUUUGCUACUAAAGUUAAUGUGUUUACUCUUUCUUUUUCACUCUUAAUUAAAAGUGAGCUAAUUCUCCCAGCUAUUUUUGAUUAACAGGAAAUCUUAAAUUCAAACUGUUAAAGAACAGUUUGAUUUUUUGUGGCUCUCUUUAAGGAUGGGAUACAUCUUGUUUUAUUAACUUUCUUUCAAUAGCCUAGAUGAUGUUUGUUUUUUGUUUUGUUGAUCCAGGUUUUAUAACAGCACAAAUCUAAAUUACAGAGUAGCUAGAAAAGUUUAUAAAUGCUUAUAGAUUGACAAGUGCCACCCCAGGAUGAAUUACUUAUCACCUUUUUUUUUUCUGUGUUGUGAAAAACAACCCAUAGUGCAGGUUUUUAAUGAGCUGUGAAUGCUGCUUAGCUUACUACUAUUCAGUUAUUUUACAACAACAGAGCAAAAUCUAUGCUUAUUCGCGGAAUGGAAUCAUUAAACAGUUACCUGGGAGGAUUCUCAAAUAGUAAAUUAUGACUGUAAAAAUUUAGGGCUGGUGAAAAAAAUUAACCCUAAGUGAUGUUACUUUUGUACAAUGUUAUAUAAAAAGCUCUGAGAACUGGAUGAUACUAUUUAUUUUCUCCUUUUCUUUAUCUUAUUUUAUUUUGCUUUAAUUUACUUCCUUACUUUGUGGAAGGGAAGAUUUGGUAUGGGGCAAAGAAAUACCAAAACUAACAAUAUGAAACUAACUUUGUUUUUUCCUUUAUACUAGUAGAGAAAACAAACUUUAUAAGUGGGCUUCAGAAAGAAGAGUGCUUUUUAAAGUGUUUAAUCUCCCCAGUGUCCUUCCAAACCUAAGCUAUAGCAGCAUUUAUUCAAAAUGUUAAAAACUUCUGAAAGUUUAGUUGCCUCUCUCCCCCAUCUUUAUAGUCUAAUAUUUUCAGUUUUUACUGACUGGCCAAAAGUGUUCUUUCUUUUAACAAACUGGAAUUUUCAGAUGGGUUACCUGUAUUUAAAGAUGGUAAACUUUGAUUUUUUUGAGUAUUUUUAAAAUAAUUGGUACAAUUUACACAUGAACCUUGAUUCUGAAUUCAUUCUGUACCUGUCUUAUUUUGUCUGUUACACUGAAAAAGUAGUUUUAAUACUUAAUUUUGAAACUAAAAGUUAGAUUUAAGGUUUAUACUAUCUUUAACUCACAUUUUCUAUUUUUCUCCAUAAUUCAACCUUUGAAAAUAAGAUAUUUUUUCCAAACAGUUUGCUUGGAUGAUAUUCCAUAAGUGUAAUGAAGAAGUGGUUAAAAACUCAUGGAAAGUCUUUUCCAGUAAAACUUGUAGCUUAUGUCUUGGCUAAAUAUUAUUCAGGGGUUAAUAGGACCCUGUUGUUCAGUAUCUUCUUCCUAAAGAUAACUUUUGUAUUGUAAUUUAUUUUUUAUUGUGCCUUAAACGCAUAUGUAAAUAACCUUUAGUAAUAAAGAAUUAUCAGUUAUAUAA